UAUGAAGAGAAAGUAUGGCCCCGGAUAAAGAUGCCAGAUUCUAUCUGAUGCCGGAUGGUAACAGCUUUUGAACAUAUCUUUAACAGAAGGAAACUUCUUCUUACGUUUAAUGCACGUUUUGAUGAUGUGGUCACUUGGUCACACGGACACUGUCUAAAUGGUUUCACACAAGUUAUAGUCACUCCUCAUAUGACUGGGGAUUGAGAAAAGUUCACACAGGUUUAUUUGUAUCACAUUCGAAAGGUGCUUCAGGUGCUUCAAGAUGCUUCGAAAGCCUAUAAAGAAUCAAUUUCAUGCAAAUGCAAGUAUGCGGCUCGUCAUUGUAACCAACUCUGGCUCUGCGAGGGAGACUGUGAAAAACAAUGACAUGUAACGAACUAUUUGAUCCAGAGAAGCUGAUAUUUGCAUCUUUUUUGCUUGUUUUAUUUUGCAUUCAAGUUGAACUCGUCAUUGUGUUUGAAAUCUCCUUUAAAAAAAAGAAAAAAAUGAAUGCAUGGCCAUAAUUCGUACUUUUCCGUGAUUUAUUGGUCUGCAUUUUGCCUUACCAAGAGUUGUGCCUGUAUAAAUUUUUUCAUUUACAAUUUGCUUUAUAUUGAGAUCGGAUCAAACUACUAAGCAACAAUGUUUUCUGCAUUAUUACCAAAAAAAAGCUUGGGAAGUCUUAGAACAAGUACAUUUGUUUGAUUAAUUGCGACUGAAUAACAUAUUUGAUAUGUUAGAUUUGAAUUUUAAAACCGUUUCUUGUCUACUUGUAAAAUCAUCCUAGCAGUUAAUGGAAUUUUACUUGUUAGAUAAUAUUAUUAUUAGAUUCUGCACGCUUAAGAUGAUAUGCCAGCAUUUAUUAAUUUUGUUUUUCUGCUUUAGAAACCCGUUUGUAUAUGUGUUUUCUGAAAUAUCAGAAAUGCUAGAGAAUUUCAGGUUGUUUUACGCAUUCAAUAGAGUCCAGUCUUUAUGGGACUUAGCUAACUGCAGCUCUGGUAAAGCAGGACAUCCCAGUCAAUCAGGGUGUCGCAUACGCACAGGGCUACAAACCAAGAAUGCAUAAUAUUUCCAUUUGCUAUCGAUUCUUGUAGCCAGAAAAACUAUUGAUUUUCGACUCUGCGUGGAGCUAAUCAGGAUCUUGAUAAUGAGCACGUUCCUUUGAAGCCAUUGGCCAAUUAUUUAUGCCUCCAAUAGGCAAGAAUCGAUAAUCCACUAUUCAGUGAUGACUAUAUCCACCCGCAUAACUUUUCAGAAUUCUCCUAGAAACGGUUUGGUUUCUAUAAAUGUAGAGCCUAGUGACAGAAUAGGAAUUACUUAUGAGGUUAACGUCAGAGUGCAAACACCAGCCCGAAUUCAUGGUUCCUUUCACAAUUGAAAGGCUGUUUUGAAACUUAUCAUCUCUUAGAAGACGCGUUUUCUUGCUAGUAGCUUUAAUAACAUUUGUGAUGAUAAAUCAAGUCUUAAAGAUGUCCACCAUUGGCCUAUUAAUGGUCCUUGUGAUUGUCGAGAGAGCAUUCUCUUCGGAUCCAAUAUUCAAAUUCAUUCCAAAGAGCUCACUGAGUAAUCUUUUGGUACAACAUGUCUCCGAAUAUGAUAUCACGAUGGCAGUUGGCUCGAAUCAAGCAGCAAGCACCGUCAUCUCAAUUAAUGGCCCCUUUGCUGAUGGGCAUGCUGGAAUGACCGGUAUCUCAAUGAGAACUCUCAGCAAAGGCUCCAACGUCAACGCACCGGACUUUGCGACAGCAGCAACGCAGAAUUCAUCUACAGCAGAAGACGGCUUGCAUGACGUCAUCUACAAGAACUUUUCUGCAGUUUCAAGAGUGACGGCAGGCAAGGAAGUUGUCAUAGACAAUACAAUAUCACUGAUUGCAUCAAUGAAGACAGUUGACAAACCUGGUGCAGAUAGUGCUGACACUCUUUGGGUCUGGGCCUCUGCAGAAGUAGGCGAUCAGUACGUCUGGGUUAGCGAAGAAGCGACAACAAUCAAAAGGUCACCUGGGGACAACGCCUAUCUCGCGUAUACCGCUAAACCAUUAUACAAUUGGCUACCUUUCUCGGGAAAAGACGUUGAUUUGAUUGGAACCGUCCGACACACAAGUUUAUCUCGCAUCAAUGCCUACAAUGUUAAGCUCAGGUUCUACCUGCCACCCUAUGCAGAAUACAUUAGUGGAACUUACACGAGUGCACCGCUUUACUCAGCUGGUUCCUUACAGUACACGACUCAAGAGAGCCAAAAUGAAAUCGUUAUAAGUUACUCGAAAAUUGGUAUCACAGACCAGCCAGAUUUUAAGUUUGCUAUCAAGUUCAAAGGAAGUGAGUUGGAACUAGGAGAAAGAGACAGAUACAAUGGGACAAUUGAAUUCUUGAUGUCAUAUUGCAACAAAACCGAUUGUUCACCUAAUGGCGCUAUCAAAAAGUUCACGAAAAUUAUCAGCAACAAAUUUAGAGCUCGAGAGGACAGAGAUAAAUUUUACAUCAAGCAUAUUGCGUCUGGAAGAUGUUUGUCAUAUGCUAACGGUGAUGAAUAUGUCACGCUCAAAGCAGCCUGCAAUGAUGUCUUCUCUUUUGAUGCGAGAGGGGGUGUAAAGCACGUCGCAACAGCUAAGUGUCCGACCUAUACUUCAAACUUAAAAUUAGGGAUGUCAACCUCAAAAUGCGAUUCGCCAAUGUCAUUAUUUAUGACAGCUUCUGGUCUGUUCCAAGGAGCUUAUUGGGGAAGUCAAUAUUGUUUAACACCAGAUGGAACAGGAUUGGAAGGAGACAUAUUGUCAAGGACGACAUCUUGUACUUCAAAUGCAAAGUUUAAGUUUGUAGAUGCUGUGCCAGCAAGCAGCCGCCUUCAAAUGGGAAACAAGGUUAUUCUAUAUUCAGGAAGCAGAGAAUUCUUUUUUUGCAACAGGAAAUCGAACUUCUUCAAGUCAUCCUGUUUCUACAAAAACGGAACAUAUGCAAGCUCUGUAAAAGCGUUGCCCAUCCACUUGGUGUACGUUAAGGCCUGGGACGCAUCUAAGUCUGAGCUGUAUGGCAUUGGUUACCAUGGAGCAAGCUACGUUAAGAUAAACCUGAAUGUAUUCCCGCACGUUGCUUAUCAGUUAGACGAUUCUACAUUCACAGCUGUUUUGAGUCAAGAGGGAAUCAAAUCAAGCACAAAUAUUCUAGAAUCGUCGCUCACAAAUUAUCCCGUACAACACUCGACCUCCGAAUUCGCAGUGUCAUUGAAAGGAGUUUACCAACAAGAUUCUUCUACCUGGAAACUUGUUUCACGCUGGUAACUAUGAAGAGAAAGUAUGGCCCCGGAUAAAGAUGCCAGAUUCUAUCUGAUGCCGGAUGGUAACAGCUUUUGAACAUAUCUUUAACAGAAGGAAACUUCUUCUUACGUUUAAUGCACGUUUUGAUGAUGUGGUCACUUGGUCACACGGACACUGUCUAAAUGGUUUCACACAAGUUAUAGUCACUCCCCAUAUGACUGGGGAUUGAGAAAAGAUCACACAGGUUUAUUUGUAUCACAUUCGAAGGGUGCUUCAAAAUGCUUCGAAAUUCUAUAAAGAAUCAAUUUCAUGCAAAUGCAAGAAUGUGGCUCUUCAUUGUGGGGGGAGGGGGAUGGAUGGUCAUAAACAUUUAAUAAACCGACAAAAAUUUUUCCCACAUUUCUAGCAGGGAUGUAGUCGUAAAAUUGCAACGGGGGGGUGGGGGGAGGACUCUAUUAAAUUAUUAAGAUGUUCUUUUCAAGUAAUUAUUGCAAUUUGAACAUGACGAGGGUCGAUGUUUAUUGAGAUAAUGGGUUGAGCAGCCUGGUACAUUGAAUGUUUGAGCAGGCAGCUGAGAUCAGAACAUUGAUACCAUAGAAAGGGCCGGGGAAAACUUCAUUACAAGUGAGGGGGAAAUGUUUUUGUUGCUCAAUGGUUUAUUGAAAGCCGCCACCAUGGUUGGCAGCGGGAAAAUAUUUGAAAUAAGACAAAAAAAUGCAUAUAAAAUCUUUAUAGCAUCGAUAAGGAAGAACAUUUUUUAAAUUAAUCACCCAUUGGCUGGAUUUUAAAUUGACAUGUUUUUGGUUGUCAUACUUUGUGUAUAUUUCCAUGCAUAAACAGUUUGAAAUGCGUUUGAAUCUGUCAGUUGUUCUCUUUUUCUUUUCUAGUUCAAUCGUCAAUAGUGAAGUACUUAACAACUUUCUUUCCGUUAACAACUUUCUUAACAACAAUGCUUAACAACUUUCUUUCAGUGACAUGGUUCUUGGCUAUGUCCAAGCACAAGCCGCUAUGUCCAAGCACUAGCGGCUGUCCUCUCGGCUUAUCCAAGCACAGUUGCGCGACUGGAUUUGAGUUUUGCCUCCUCCCUGCCGAGCCUCCUCCCUGCUGAACGUUUUGGCCAUACACCAAUUCGAUUUACAGCCUCGUUUUGAAAAUUUCUUCUA